CGGGAGUCAGUUCGGGAAUCAGAUCCGGACGCCGGAGCACACAAAUGGGUUCUGCUUGUCGUGUUCUGCCGAUCGGAUCGCGUCAUGUCACGUCACUUCAGGUUUCUAGCGGGUUGAGGUUUCAGAUCUCACCUCGAGUAUAACUCUUGAACAACAGGCAGUGAAACUCAGAACCAC